AUGCAAAGAAUAGCAGACGCUCCCCAGCAAAUGUCGGGGUUACCUCCGGGUUUCGAAGAGGUCCUACCCAGUGACGUCGUGAAGCAACUGAAGAUGAUUGAUGAAAACGACGCGUUGACUGGUGAGCGAAAACGCCAGAAAACUGACGAGGUCUUUUCUUCACUGCCAACGGAAAUCAUCGACAAACUCCCGCACCCACCAUUUUUCGAACACUUACCGAAGGAGAUGCAGAAGGCAAUCAAUCAGAUUCGGCGAAACAGGACAAUGACAUGGCACGAACGUCAUGAAGAGAUACACUCCGUGAUUGACACUUUACCAGAAAAUAUUCGCCCCCGAUUCCCACCCCCACCACCACCGCUAAAACAACGAGGAAGGCCAGGAGGAACAAGAGCAGGCCAUUUACCAUCGGGCUUUGAUGAAGUUCUACCCAAGGAAGUUAUGGAGAAAGUGAACGCAGUUCGAGAGAACAGCGCCUUAUCCAACCAGCAAAAACAUGAGAGAGUCGAAAGUAUACUGUCGUCGUUACCAGUGAAAGUCCUUGUGAAACUUCCCCUUCCGCCAUUUUCUCAUGAUCUCCUAGAGCCAAUUCGUCAAAACAUCACAAAGAUAUAUCGAAAUAAGCUGGAACGUUUUCGGCCACACGGUCAACCUUCCGUGCCAACACUUACACGUUAA